CUUCACUCUCUUAAAAACUCUUCAGGUUUUUCCAACUGAGCGAUUCAGGCUGAGGCGGGCGCAACCGCACUAGAGGGAAAGUCAAGUCGUGCUGGACUGGCGCGAUAUCCUCGCACGGUUCACAACUAAAAAGAAGACCUGACGCGCGUAUUAAUCAUGUUUCUUAACGAUGGAAUAUGCUGAUUUUAAAAGUUGACCAGGGAUUUCUAGUUGUGGGGUGUUUGCGAGGGAUGGCUUUCCUUUUAACUUGCUUAUUCUUGUCUUGUUACAGUGCGAGCUUUGUUUGGGGAAAUAAGCACAGUGAGACCAGUAUCUAUUUGGAUAACAUCACGCGCAUAUUGGAUAGAUUACUGGAUGGCUAUGACAACAGGCUGCGACCUGGAUUUGGAGGUCCGGUUACAGAGGUCAAAACUGACAUCUUUGUCACCAGCUUUGGACCUGUGUCAGAUGUUGAGAUGGAAUACACCAUGGACGUGUUCUUUCGUCAGACGUGGAUCGACGAGCGGCUCAAAUUCGAGGGCCCCAUCGAGAUCCUGCGGCUCAACAACCUGAUGGUCAGCAAUAUCUGGACGCCGGACACCUUCUUCCGGAAUGGCAAGAGGUCAAUCUCGCACAACAUGACCACCCCCAACAAGCUGUUUCGCAUCAUGCAGAACGGAACUAUCCUCUACACCAUGAGAUUAACAAUAAACGCAGAGUGUCCCAUGCGUCUGAUGAACUUCCCAAUGGACGGCCAUGCCUGCCCACUCAAGUUCGGGAGUUAUGCCUAUCCUAUCAGUGAGAUCGUGUAUACAUGGAAGAAAGGUCCCCAGUCGUCUGUGGAGGUGCCACAGGAGUCAUCCAGUCUGCUACAGUACGACCUCAUUGGUCAGACAGUGUCGAGUGAGCGGCUAAAGUCCAACACAGGUGAAUAUGUCAUCAUGACCGUCCACUUCCACCUGCAGAGGAAAAUGGGUUUCUUCCUCAUUCAGACCUACAUUCCCUGCAUUAUGACCGUCAUCCUGGCCCAAGUCUCUUUUUGGAUUAAUAAGGAAUCGGUUCCAGCUCGGACUGUGUUCGGUAUCACCACUGUCCUGACCAUGACAACACUCAGCAUCAGUGCACGCCACUCCCUGCCCAAAGUUUCCUAUGCCACAGCCAUGGAUUGGUUUAUCGCUGUUUGCUUUGCCUUCGUGUUCUCCGCCCUGAUUGAGUUUGCAGCUGUCAACUACUUCUCCACCCUUCAAGCCAACAGGGAGCUCCGAAAGGCAGCAGCCAUGAAGGCAGCAGCUCAGGAGGCAGCCGCCGCAGCAGCAGCUCCGGCUGCAGCCACAGGGAACGAUACAGAGGUUUCCUCAGUGGAUGCCAGCAGUGUUCUGAAGAAGAGGAUGAACUCUGCCCCAAUAUUUGACCGCCCUGCAAAAACAUUUCCCAACCCACCCGUAAACGCUCAAGCCUUCCUGCAGCAAGGUUCAGCUGUUCCUGCCAACAACGUCCUGACUGGCACCAGCAUCAUCGACAAAUACUCUCGCAUCCUCUUCCCUCUUUCAUUUGGCGCCUUCAACCUGGUCUACUGGAUCGUCUAUCUCACCAAGGACACCAUGGAGAUGUCCAGGGAAACCGUCUAAGCCAAGAGUUCGUCUCAAGUCUACAGAAACACAAAUACGUAUAAAUAUAUACAUAUAUAAAUACUCAAUAAAUAGAUGACAAAGGUUUGCCAAGCACUCUUUUAUGCCGCCUCAGUGCAUUGUAUUUCUUUUUAACUACUCCCUUGGAAAGUGAGUGUGCUUAGAGCAGAUGAACCAGCUCCAACUGCCACCUUGACCCAGGAGCUCACAGCCUGCGGGCCACCGGCUCUGGAACAUUUUCAAACAGGUAUUAAAUCUCUUUCUGUGUCUCUCAUUUUCUUUAUUUUACUCCCCAAAUAUUAAAAAAGCCACACAUGGGGACACCUUUUCAGUAUCUGUCUCGAUUCCCUGCUCAGACUGUAGGGGAAAGAUGUAACUGCUAAGCUAGCUAGGCUGCAGAGCCAGAGGCAGAGCCACUACUUUGUUCUGUGUUAUGAUUUCUGUUUGUGCAUGCUUCCCCCACACAUAAGAGUGAUUUUGCAUGUGUUAAAAAUGUCACAGUCCCUACAAUGAUACUUGGAAUGAGAGAAUGAGUGCUCUUGUUUCACAACUGGAUCCAAAAGAGACUGACUGAAGAGCAACUCUCUCACUUUCAGCCCUUCUUCUUUCUGUUGCUCAUUUUUUACCCACAACAGCACCCGUCGGUGACAGCAUUUUUUGGUUCAUUGGCUUAAUUUCCCCUUGCUGAUAGAGUACAGAGGAUGUGAGGUAUAAUCUUUAGUGUUUUAUUUAUGGUGUGUUCAAAAAAGACACGUUACCCUGGUUGAAUAUUCACUUUCACAUGCAAAUGUGUGAAAAUAUCAUAUCAUAUGUCAAAAAACAACCACUAAGACAUGCAUGCAUAGUAAUAACCUACACUUAAACUUUUUCAAGUAUGCCACACUCGCAGGAUUGGUUGCCCUAGAUUUUAUAAGAGGUACAAAAAUCUGAAAUGUCAGUGCAUAAUUUAAUGGUUAUGACUUGUCUACGCUCAAAGCUGUGAUAUGUCUGGUAAUAUGCAAAAAAGAUUCCAGAAACACCCUCCAGAAACAGAAUAUGCAGGUCACACUAGAUAUUUAAAAGUAGCUGGAGGAUUUAGUUUGAGCUCAUAAAUGUAUGACACUCUAAACACCUCCUUGUAAACAAAAUGGAAGGAAAGUGUGGCAAAAAGUGAUUAAAAAUACAGACACUUCCUUCCAAAAGUUUUGGGACAGAGAGGCCAAUUCCUUUAUUUUUACUGUAGACUGAUAACACUUCGAUUUGACAUUGGAGUGAGACAAGAGAUCAACAUUUCAGCUUUUAUUUCAAGGUAUUUACAUUUGGAUCUGAUACACAACAGAAGAUAUCUUUAUUUGUAACGGAACACCACAUUUUUAGGUGAGCAAAAGUAUUAGCAUGGAUUGACUUAAAAAAAGAUUAAAGUGAAUAAGACAUAAUAUUUAGUUGCAAAUCAUUUGCCUGCAAUAACUGCAUCAAGCCUUUGAUCCACUGACAUCACUAAACUUCUGCAUUCUUCUUUUGUGAUGCUUUUCCAGGCUUUUACCACAGCCUCUGUCAGUUGUUUGUUUUGGGGGGUUACUCCCUUCAGUCUCCUCUUUAGUAGGUAAAAUGCACUAUUGGGUUCAAGUCUGGAGAUUGACUUGACCGGUAUUCCACUUCUUGCCUCUGACGAACUCCUUUGUUGUUUUGCCAGUGUGUUUUGAGUCAUUAUCAUGCUGCAUGAUGAAGGAUCCCCCUAUCAGUUUGGUUGCAUCUUUCUUGGUUGACAAAAUUUUUCUGUAGACUUCUGAGUUCAUUUUGCUGCUGCCAUCAUGUGUUACAUCAUCAGAUUAAGGAUCAGAUUAAUGAGCCCGUCCCAGGACUUUGGUAAAGGUUAUUCUUUGUAUCGUCAGUCCAUAAAACUUUGUUCCGGGAUUUUUGAGGUCCAUGUCUUUACUUUUUGGAAAAUUUCAGCCUGGCCUUCCUGUUCUUCUUGCUAAUGAGUGGUUUGCAUCUUCUGGUGUAGCCUCCGUACUUUUGUUCAUGAAGUCUUCUGUGAACAGUAGAUGGUGAUACCUUCACUCCUGCCCUCUGGAGGUUGUUGCUGAUGUCACUAACAGUUGUUUUAGGGUUUGUCUUUACAGCUCUCACAAUGUUUCUGUCAUCUUUUACUUAGUACACAGUGGUUUAUUUUAUCUUCAGGACAUUCCAAAUGGUUGUACUGGCUAUGGACAAUUUUUGUGCAAUGGUUCUGAUUGAUUUUACAUCUUCUCUCAGCUUCACAAUCGCUUGUUUUUGUCCCAUAGACAACUCUCUGGUUUUCAUGUUGGUUGUACUUCUAACUAUAAAUGUAGUAGGCACAGACAAAACCCACACCUUAAACUGAGUGUAGACAUUUAGCGCUAUUGUUUUAAUACUUAGUGUAAAACACCUAGACAACAAACACACCUGUCAGUCACAUGUUCCAAUACUUUUGCUCACAUGAAAAAUGGGUGGGUUUGAACAAAAGGUGCUAUCUUCUAAGUUGUGUAUCAGAACCAGAUGUAAAUACCUGGAAAUUAAAGCUGAAAUGUUGAUCUCUUGUCUCGUAUUCACCUUUUGAUGUCAAACCCAAAUGUUUCAGUCUACAGCAAAAAUAAAGGAAUUUGCCUCUCUAGAACUUUUGGAGGGAGCAUACUUAUGAAGUUAACCCUCUGCUGUGCUUUUACUCAUCAGGAUCUAAAGUCUUCAUGUUUCCUAGCAGCAAAUUGCCAUUCCCAAGAGAAGAUUAAAGCCUUUAUGUGCUAACAGUGUUGUCAUUUUCUUGUUUAUUGUUGCUAUUUAUUGUAGUCAUUUAACUGAAGUAAAAGGACUUUUACUCUGGUUGCCAAUUAAUUCUGAAGCUGGCAGCUCCGGCAUCUGGUUUUCAUUAUGAAAGCAGCAAAAAAUAGCAACCUAAAGCUAUCAUCAUCAAUUAUACCCAAUGCCAAAAACACAUUCAUUAAUAAUCCACUUGUGUGGAUUUGCAUACGAUUACACACCAUUUCCAAUUAAGCAGAGAGGGUAACAUGUUUAAGCCAUGUGGCUUCUAUAUAUAAGCUGAUGUGUGUGUUUGCUUCCUCAUGACAUCCAUCAUCCACAAGGAUGUUCUCAUUAAAGCGUCUCUUUAUUAAAAUGGCCAGCUUUUGAAAUGGAAAAGCUGCAGAGCACAGCAUAAAGGUUACACAAGCAUCUGAAAAUGAGCACUUCCAUUUUGUUUUAUUUCAAAUGAAAAUUCACACAGAAUAACUGAACUGAAAUGACUUCCUGGUCCUUUAUUAAUGUGUAAUGUUUAUUUUUCUAAUGCUGGUUUGUAAGGAAUCUUUUUCUGUUGUAAAUAUUUGUGUAUUUGUUAUGAGCACUUUAGUUUAGACAGACCGACAUAGAAGAGCUCAGUUCAACAAAAAAUGACAUAACAGAUAAAAAAUGCAUGAUUAAAAUGUUGCUUCAUGAACUUUUUAAAGAAUCAAAAUAUGCAAUGCAAUAAAAAAUGCAAUAUAGCCUCUGGUCGGACUCACAGGGUUCAGAUCCAAUGCUCUGAACUUUUUUUUUCUGAAGAUGAAAAGCUUUCAACAAGCAACUCCUCGCCAAACAAGAACAUCAGGAUUGGACUUUUGUGCAAAACCUCGGAUGACAUCCAGUGCCAAGGAUUUUUAAAUGGUUGUUUUUUACAAUAUCUGUGCAUGGAAACUCUGGUUUGCAUAACAUUAGAGUCAUACUUAAAAAAUGCUAAGAGUAUUUAAUUUAAGAUCAUCAUUUAAUGUUCUAGAUUAAAAAAAAGGCCUCAAACUACAAUUAAGGACUCCAAAGGAUGUUAUGAAGGCCUCUUUAUGCAUGUUUUCUUCCAUGUGUACACCACAGGACUAAAAGAACAAUGGUGUCAGACUGUAUGAACUGUCUUUGUGUCGUCCCAUUUCCUCUUCUGCGUUUAUCCCCCACCCUCCCACACAUAUCUUCAGUCUGUGAGCCAAAGGCUGAAGAGACGGCCCAUUUAUGCGCUCCAUGUCAGGCUCUAUUGUGGGAGCAACCUGACUACCAGUGAACUUGGACUGCUGAGGAACUGCUGGAGCACACCAGUGACCUUCCUCUUCCAAAAUAAACUCUGAAAGUCAAAUGAAAUAUGGCUGUGAAUGAUGUGUGUGAGUGUGUGUUUCUAAAAGGACCUAGCUCGUUUGCUUCCACCAGUGACCUGGUUGAUCUGCCCUCUGACCCCCAGCCUAGCAGCUCAGCUCCAUCACUCUACCCUGAGCGCUGCACUUGCAUGACCUCAGACCGUUUUGUGUGCUUGUUAGGGUUGUUGAAUGUAAAAGGUUGUGAACUCCAUAGAACAUAGAAGUCUAUAGCUAUGGUGACUGCGGCCACAAACUGCCCUUUAUGUCGUUUUGUCUCAUUCCACAGGCAUGAGCAUUAUCGAUGUCUCAUUUAGCUGAUGUUGAUUUUUCUUUCUCAUUCGCCUAGAGAAUAUGCAGACAAUUUAGAAGAACACGAAUGCUUUACAUUGUUGCUUUAUGUGUAUAUUUUGUGAAUAUCAAAGAUUAUCUCUGUAGGUUGGGUAUUUGUUUUCCAACUGUUUGACCCUGCUUGAUGAUCAGCUGCACUGCAUUCACCAUGAUUUGGAUGAUGUCAACUUUUCUAUCUUAGCAAUUAAGUUGCUCUAUAUUUGCCCCUUUAUUAGUUUUUAAUGUCAUGAGGGUGGCCGUUUUAUUGCAAAAGAAAACAGUAAUGGCAUAUUCAGGUAACUUUUCCCCCUGUUAAUAAAUGAACGGCUACUCACUUUU